AUGUCGUUACAACAACGCGCGGUCGCCACGCCAACUUGCCCCGCGAUCCUCGGACUCCAUACGACAGCAGAAUUCGACGACGGUAGCACCGCAGUUCUCACACAGAACUCAUCGGUAGGCAGAAUGCCGCCUCCAAAGUCCUCGAUACCUCCGGCUGCAAAGCCAAAGCUCUCGGCUCACUUCGAUGCAUGGAACUCGUCAUCGACAGGCCACCAACGAGCAGAGAACGCCAUAGGGCGCUCGACAGGAUGGAGGCAAUCGCGGAAUAUGAAGCUCUCCCACCAAUUCAAGAGCGGAGGUAUGGGUGGGAAACGGAUAUCAGACCAGGUAGGCGCUGGGUCAAAAGAUUGGGACGAGAAAGCCAAGGCUUUGAUAUCCAAGGAGGUUAGGGAGAGGGCCAGAGUCAGUGUGGUAGAUCUGUUUACUAGGAAAGAGCCCUAUGGAAGCGGAAUGGGUAUUACUCUAAGCGAAGAAGACAAGCUGAUGGCGCAAAGAAGACGAGAGGACGACUUGAAAGAAGAGGAGAAGCUGAACCGCAAAAGGGGCAUCUUUGACGGGCUUGUCAUCUAUGUCAACGGCAGCACCCAUCCUCUGAUCUCGGACCACAAGCUGAAGCACGUCCUCGCAGAGAAUGGGGCGAAAAUGUCUCUCCACCUUGGAAGGAGACAGGUUACGCAUGUUAUACUUGGGAAGCCUUCGGGAACGUUAGGAAUGGGAGCAGGCGGUGGCCUCUCUGGGACCAAGUUGGAGAAAGAGAUUCGAAGGGUAGGAGGAUGUGGUGUUAAGUAUAUCGGCGUUGAAUGGUAG